GGCAUCCCUUGGGCGGCGGCGGCGGUGGCGCCGGUGUUGGCGGCAGCGGCGAGGCGGCGGAGGACAGUGUGCGGCGGGUCUGCGGCGGGUAGAGGUGUGAGGGAGACGAGGAACCUGAGCGGGAGCCGGGCCGGUGUGGCCGCCGCCGCCGCCAUGCAGGAAAUCAUCGCCAGCGUGGACCAUAUCAAGUUCGACUUGGAGAUCGCAGUGGAGCAGCAGCUCGGAGCGCAGCCGCUGCCCUUCCCCGGCAUGGACAAGUCGGGGGCUGCUGUCUGUGAAUUCUUUCUGAAAGCUGCCUGUGGCAAAGGGGGCAUGUGCCCGUUCCGCCACAUCAGCGGCGAGAAGACAGUCGUGUGCAAACACUGGCUGCGGGGGCUGUGCAAGAAGGGCGACCAGUGCGAGUUCCUGCACGAGUACGACAUGACCAAGAUGCCCGAGUGCUACUUCUACUCCAAGUUCGGGGAGUGCAGCAACAAGGAGUGCCCCUUCCUGCACAUCGACCCCGAGUCCAAGAUCAAAGACUGUCCAUGGUACGACCGCGGCUUCUGCAAGCACGGCCCCCUGUGCAGGCACCGGCACACGCGGAGAGUCAUCUGUGUGAAUUACCUCGUGGGAUUCUGCCCGGAGGGGCCCUCGUGCAAAUUCAUGCACCCUCGAUUUGAACUGCCAAUGGGAACCACGGAGCAGCCCCCACUGCCGCAGCAGACGCAGCCUCCGGCAAAGCAAAGUAACAAUCCGCCAUUACAAAGGUCGUCCUCCUUGAUCCAGUUAACGACUCAGAACUCUUCUCCCAAUCAGCAGAGAGCCCCGCAGGUCAUUGGGGUCAUGCAGAGUCAAAACAGCAGCGCAGGCAACCGAGGACCCCGGCCGCUGGAGCAGGUCACCUGUUACAAGGUGAGUCCCCGGGGAGGGGGAGGCUUCGGGCAGGCUCCUCACAGUCAGUGGCCUUCCCUCCGAGCAGAGAGCUAGCUAAUCUUGGACAGUGAGAGCGUCUUUGCAUCGUUAAUGAGCACUGAGCCACGGGUGAGCUAGAGACCCUCCGACUUCCCUCCCAGCACAGCAAGGCCAGGCGACAGUUCAACACAUGGGUGAAUGAAAGAACUGGGCUGGCAAGAGGGACGGGGCUCUUCCAGAGGCCAGGACAAACGGGCGCACGAACAGAACAGAGCGAGCCCUGAAGCGUCCCACGUGGGCACACACCAGGGAAAGGGACAGCGCUCUGAGCCUACGUGGGAAGAAAUAGGAUUCGAACCCCACCCACACGGCAGGACAUUCAGGGGAAGGGUAAACUUAAAAAAGCCUACUAAGAACCUGUCCACCUCACUCCUAGCUCUGGACGAAAGGGGAGGAGAAAAGUCCCUUCAGGGUUUGUCGUCACUGGCCAGCCCUUCCUGGAGUUUGGGCCUGGGUUCACGUCCUUGGCAUGGGCUGAAAAGCCAGACUGAGUUUUUGAACCUAAAACGGCCCAGAGGGGUAGGCGCCUGGCUUGGAGAAAUUUAUUCUCCACCCAGGCCACACAGCAUCCCCACGACUAGGGCUCUGAAGAGUGAGCUCGUAGUUAAAAUAACGAAAUGCAGAAGGAAAUGAGCAACACUGAUUGAGUCCGCAGACACAACCAGUAGUAGAACCAGACUCACAAAGGUUUCAGACGUGGGGACUCUUGGACGAGAUACCAAGUUCGUACAUGCUUCCUGUAAGAACUCUGAGGUGAUACAGAGCGUUCAGGGCACUGAGUGAGCGCUGUGCUUUUGAGUGCCCCCUUUCCUGAAACAGCCCCUGUACUCAGUUGCUUUGUUCUCGCAUGUUCUGUUUUUAGCUCCCUUUACACCAAAACUCCUAAGGGGACUCCACUCUUCCAAACUUUUAUUCACAUAAGCACAAGACCCUAUGUAUCUUAGGGCCCUACUAUGUACAAUGCCCUAUAUAAUCUUUUUUCUUAGAACAGUCAGGGUCUCUCCGUGUCAGUAUGUGUAUCUCUCAUGUACUUCAGUGGCUGCAUAACUGCACCAGUUCUCUGUUGGUAAACAAGGAUUCGGUCUCUGCUGCUGAAAGCAGUGCUGAAUCUGACAGACGCCUUUGAGCUCUUGUGGUGUCUGCAGCAUCCAGGCCUGCAAGCAGAAGGCUGGGGUCAGAAAGCAUAAGCUUGCAUUGUUCCUAGAACUUCCCUUUGGCAAAGCUGAGCCACUGGCCACUUCCAUGGCCAUCAGACACCCAGGAGCACCUUCUCAGGACUGGCUCUGCAGAGCGAGCCCACUGUAGUUGCUCCUUCCCGGGAGGGGUCCGUGUUCUGAGGCGGGGAGGCAGGUGCCCAGACAGACACCAGAGUUAAAAGUGCACAUGCAUCUAGGGAAGGCCCCGCAGAGGCUUCUGAGGCCCAGCCCUCCCAGGUAAGGAGGGUAUGGGCAGGGGGCGUUGGAAGGUGGGCAGGCGAGUUGGGGGCAGGCAGGUCUCGAGUAUAGUGAGGAGACGUAUCUUGUCGCAGACUGGUCAGCAGGGCCUCUGUGAUGCAAGCUCUCCUGGAACCUUAGAAAGGUGGGGCGGGGGUGGCGAGGGGGACCUAACAGCCUCUUCCUCCCACGGGCACAGGUGGUACUAAAGACACCUCGUGGGGAUCCUGGAUUCCCUGGAUCAGCCGUGGACACCAAGCGCUACGAAGUGGGGCUGCCACGUCCCUCCUCUGGUGAUCACAUCUGCCAGAGGACUAAGUGGCAGCUACACAGGCUGCUUGUCCACACAAGUCACCCCGACAGAUGAAACUUGAAAACCUGGGGACUGUAGGGUCGGGAGGACAGGGUUAGUAUGGGUUGGGUGCCCCCACCUGUCCCCUCACUGCUUGCUCAGUGCUCGAGGCGGCCGUUGCCUUUCUUGCGGUUCCCUUCUCCGUUUUGAGGGAUAGCAGGUUUGAGGGUAGAGAGGCAAAGGCAGGGCCUGGAUGAACAGCUGGGACAAGUCAGGGUCAAGGCUAGAUUUCGGAGAGGUGAGUCUACCCAAGUCUGAUCAUCCCGUGUCCGAUCCCGCGACCAAAACCUGUCCCCAAGGGUAGCUUAGGCAAAGUACACAGGAGCCAGGAGGGAAAACCCUGUGGGUGCAGCCCACCCUCUGUCUGUGCAGUGGAUCCCUAAGUUGAGGGAGGAGCCUGGAGGCUUCUCCUGUCUGCAGGAAGUCCCAGAAUUGUGUCUCAGGUAAGUGACUGGGCAGGUGCGAGAGCCCUGCCCCACCACGAGCCCCUCCUGUGUCCGCAAGGGCCGUGUGCUCUCUGAUCAUCUGGCCCUGCAGGCGCCGUCUGCCGAAUCACUGGCUGCGGUUCUGCGCUGCUGUACCUUCUGGAGCUUCCUCUCCCUUGCGUUUGAAUGAAAAUCACCACCACUGAGAAUUUCAGAGUCCCUGUCCCCAACCUGGUAUUUGGUGGGUGCUGUCUUCAUUGUAAAUUGCCUUUGAAACAGUGUUUUUCUUUUAUUUCUUCCUUCCCCUCCUGCUGUUCCCAGUGUGGUGAAAAAGGACACUACGCCAACAGAUGCACCAAAGGGCACUUGGCCUUUCUCAGUGGACAGUGACAGCAGCUGGAGCCAGCUCAGAGCCGCCGGAAGGGCCCCACUGUUGGGGACCACUCUGGGCCACCUUUGGGAGUGUGCAUUUAACUGUUUCAUGCCAGUGUUAGCACAGCUCUAGCUGGAGCUAGCAGGCAGGCAUGCUGGGCUUUUCUCUGAGGGGCUUUGUCUGUCAGUUUCCCUAUAACUUUGCUGUAAUCUUUUGUUUCUUAAGGGGGACACAUGCUCCGGUUCGGUCCCUCAGGUUGGCAUGACGUUUGUCUAGGUAUCAGCGCCCCCUGGGACUCCCUGCACACCAGGCUCUGGGGAGGGAGGAGGUUGUCGGGAAGGGCUUGUGCUCAGCAGGUCAGUAUGGAAUUUGGCCCUUCUCCUCGGGCCUCAUUAAACACAAGGGGCUGGUGGGUCAUUUAAAGCUGCAGCCAGGUCAUGCCCGCUCCUUCCCACUCCUGCCGAGUCAGGCUGUGCCUGUCCCUGUGAUUUGGAUGAGGCAGCCCUUCAGGGCAAACUCAAGUGCGCUUGUUGCCUCAGCAGGUCCUGCUCCACGUGGCAGCGGUUGAGAAGGGUGCAGGGCUCUCAAGUGUGAAGGUCUUUGUCCUCUGGGCUUAUUUUCUGGGGUAUCCUCUUGGCAGCACAUAAGGUCUACCUUAAGCUGGAGCUGCAGGCCCCAUUGACACAGAUGAUGUGGUCCCUCUGUGCACCUACCUCCUGCCCCAUCGAGCAUCUGUACUGGCCUGGAGGAGAGGCCCCUGCCUCUGAGCCUAGAAAUGUGAAGUUGGCACCUGCAACCUGCUGGGCAAGUGGGCCUAUCCAAGUUCAAUUACAAGAACAAUUUUUAUGAAGUUGAUUAAAGCUUGUUUUUUAAGCUGUG